ACGGGAAUAACGCACAUCUCGUCGUGGCCAUUCCGGACGUGAUUUGCGACGAUGGUGAUGGCCUGAGAGGGUUAAUUUUCGUGAGGGAAUUCUGCGCGGGAGGAAUCCCGAAUCCCUCAGGCAAGACGAAGGCCAUGGAGUCGCUUCAGGAUCUGAUCGAAGAGGCCAAGCUCCGAGUUGUCUGGUGGGCCGUCUGCAUCAUCUUCGUCUCCUACAUCCUCUCCUUAACGAGCCGAUCGACGUGGAUGAACAUCCCGAUCGCGGCGAUCGCUUUGGCGGUCGUCCGGAUGCUUUCGAGGGAGGUCGAGUUCCGGUGGAAGGCCCGGCCGGCGCCGCGGAAAGGAUACCUCGCCCACCUGGAGAAGAAGCAGCUCGCUGUGGACGAUCCCAUUCUUUCCACGUCGCCUUCGGUGGCGAUCAAUUGGGUGCGCAAGAUCGAUUCUCCGUUGGUCGAGGCAGCGCUGGACGAGUUCAUUGGCAAGGUUUUGAAGGAUUUCGUGGUCGAUAUGUGGUAUUCGUCGAUCACACCGGAUACGGAGGCGCCCGAAUUAAUCAGGGCAAUCGUGAACGACGUGUUUGGCGAGAUCGCUGAGAGGGCGAGGGAUGUCAAUCUCGUGAAUUUGUUGACGAGGGAUAUUGUGAAAUUAAUAGGGAACCAUCUAGAUCUUUAUAGAAGAAACCAAUCGGCAAUUGGUGUAGAACUCUUGUCAACAUUGUCAUUGGAUGCAAGAGAUGAAAAGUUGAGGCGCCAUCUUUUUGCUUCUAAGGAGCUUCAUCCAGCUUUGAUAUCACCCGAGUGUGAGUACAAGGUAGACUUUAGUCAGGUUCUCCAACAAAUGAUGGGAGCAGUGUUAGCUGUAGUCUUGAGACCACGGGAAGCACAAUGCCCACUUGUUCGAUGCAUGAGUAGAGAACUUCUAACCUGCUUGGUCAUGCAGCCUGUCAUGAACCUUGUGAAUCCUGGGUACAUCAAUGAGUUAAUUGAGUAUAUUCUUCUCACAAAAAAGGAUGAUAGAGAAUUAGAUGCUGGGAAGCCAUCUCAUGUUGCCAGCCAAAAUGAACAAACUGCUAUGGCAUCAGCACAUUCCAAAGAUAAACGAGAUCCUGGAGAACUAGUAUCUUCUGCUAACCAAGGGGAUCUGGCAAAUUUAGUUAGAAUUGAUGGCAGUGCUGAAGCUUCCUCAAGUAUGGCGAGUCAUGUCAAGUUAAUCUCCUCCCAAACAGAAUCAGAGCAUCAUCUGCCUUCACGUACUGCAGAGUGGGCCAGAGGAUUUGAAGCUGCAAGGGAGAGAAGAACUGAAGUUCUUGCUCCUGAAAAUCUUGAAAACCUCUGGACAAAGGGAAGAAAUUAUAAAGCCAAAUUUGAUGCUCAUGAUAACCCAGGACCUAGAGAAGCAAAACCACCAAUUAAGGCUGCUGGAAGUUCUAAUAUCACAGGCCAUGAAAGGAACCUGGAGAGGGAAAUGGGGAAAGAAGGAUCUCUGAAUGUGAAAAGCAGCAAACCUCAACUUAAGCGUUCAAAAAGUAGUUCAUUUAUUACUAAGAAUGAUGUGGGGAUUUGUGAAGCAUCUACCUCUAGAAUCAGUCAUGCCGUGACUUAUGAAGAGUCUAACUGCAUGGAUUUGGGCAAGCCUCAUGAAGAAACAAAUCCAAAGAGCACCUCUGAACUAGUGUUUAAUAAGGAACAGUCAUCAUAUCUACCAAAGUUCAAGUGUCGGGUUGUUGGAGCUUAUUUUGAAAAAGGUGGAUCUAAAUCUUUUGCAGUUUAUUCAAUUGCCGUGGCAAGUGUAGACAAUGAAACAUGGUUUGUCAAAAGAAGGUACAGAAACUUUGAGAGAUUGCAUCGCCACCUAAAGGAUAUGCCAAACUAUUCUUUACAACUGCCCCCUAAGCGGUUUCUCUCAUCAAGUAUUGAUGACUAUUUUGUUCAUCAACGUUGUAUUCUGCUAGACAAAUAUUUGCAGGAUCUUUUGUCAAUUCCCAAUGUUGCAGAACAGCAUGAAGUGUGGGACUUUUUAAGCGCUUCAUCAAAGAAUUACUCGUUUGGAAAGUCAACAUCAGUCAUGAAAACGUUGGCAGUUAAUGUAGAUGAUGCAAUGGAUGACAUUGUUCGUCAGUUCAAAGGGGUGAAUGGACUCAUACGCAAAGUAGUUGGUUCACCUGAUAGUUCUUCAUUAACAACAAGAAGUUCUGGAAUCUCUCUGACUGAAGACCUACAACAGCAAAGCUUAAGCUAUAGCCAGAGGGAAAUAUCUCGUAGUGCAUCUGAAGAUGAGGACCAUGUAAGUGGGGCUACCCUUGAAGAAAUGGGGUCAAGUUCCCGACCUAAUGGAUGGCACUCAGACAAUGAAUUGGAUUCUAGGCAGUUUCCACCACGAGUAGUCAAACGAUAUGAUAGUUCAAGAAGAUAUGAUAGUUCAAGUAGCAUGGGCUCUUUGAGAAAUCAGCAGUCUGACACACAUCGUGUAGUAGAUACAGUUAUACCAUCCCAUCUUUUGGAAGAUCCUACCAGAGUACCACCUGAGUGGACACCACCUAAUGUGAGCAUACCGCUGUUGGAUCUAGUUGAUACAAUCUUUCAACUUAAGCAGCGUGGUUGGUUGAGAAGGCAAGUUUUCUGGAUGUCAAAGCAGAUUUUACAGUUGCUGAUGGAGGACGCUAUUGAUGAUUGGUUGUUGAGACAAAUCCAUUGGCUUCGGAGAGAGGAUGUUAUUGCACAAGGGAUAAAAUGGCUUCAAGAUGUUCUGUGGCCCGAGGGAACUUUUUUUCUGAAGCUGCGCAAUGAUGAAGACAAAGACAACGGGGAAUCUUAUCAGAGCCUUGAGAAAACUGGAGGUUCAAGUGGUAGUAAUUCUUCACCUGUUUCCUUUGAGAUGCAGCGUGAGGCUGCUCGCAGGGCAAGUGAUGUUAAAAAGAUGAUCCUUGGAGGUGCUCCAUACACUCUGGUCAAUCUGAUAGGGCAGAAACAAUAUCAGCGGUGUGCAAAGGAUAUUUACUUUUUCCUGCAGUCUACAACAUGUCUGAAGCAGCUAGCAUACAGUAUUUUGGAGCUGUUAUUGGUUUCGGUGUUCCCUGAAUUGAAUGACGUCAUCCUAGAUAUACACAAGAAGGCCUUUCACUAACAUGACUUGCCUAAGGAGUUGGAUAGAGCUAUGUUGAUAAGAGAACUAGAUCCUUCUCGUUCCAUUUAGUUAGUACAGAUGAUAAAGUUGAACUUUGAUAUCUUUGCGACGUGCGACAGAGCAUCUGCCAUUUCCUAUCAGUUGAUUGGCUCUUCUUAAGAUCCCAUUUCCAAGCCAUUGCAAAAAUGUUGGAGCAGAGAAGAUUUGGUGCACUGGUUUGCUGAUGGAGAGUCAUGUGGCUGUGCGAGGAAUGUUGGAGUAGUUACUUGAUGACUGUCGUUCCAAUUUUGUAUGUCAUGCUUCACAUCUGUAUACUAGCACAGAGAGGUGGUGGCCAAACAAAACGGUGAACCUAUUACUUUGUAUAGGGUAAAAAGCUUCCUUGUAUGUGUUUCGGUUAAAUUUGUUUCAUUUUUUUGCCUUGGGCUUGUAUAUUUAUGUAACUUUAUGUACAUGAAUUGCUAAAUGCAGCUUUUGGAGUAUCGAAGGAUGGAAAUGUUCGCAUCCACCAUAAUAACAUCCUUCCCUCGUCUGUUCCACUCUACGGAAUUCUUAGUAGCUGCUCUUACACAACCUAGAUCGUGGAACUGAGAUCUUCUUUGGCCUGCGUGCCUAGAUGGCUGUGUUCGUCCCUGAACUUCUAUAUGUACCACCAACUAGAUUAAAACAAAAUCUCCAACAGUUGUGAAGAUACAUUAUCCAGCUUCCUUGUCA